GGUCCACAGCCCCGGGGCCAGGCUGGACCGCGAGGGAGGCGCGGUCAGCGGGCAGAUCGCGUCCGUUUGGACUCCAUCUCUGCUCGCCCUGAUAUAUGUCCCCUUUCCCUGGCGCUCACUUCGUGCCUGCCCCGGGUUGGGAGCCUCGACCGUCAGCGGGUCGAUCCUUCCUUUCAUCUUUGCGUUUCAGAGAUGUCUUCCAGAAGUCCCAAAAAUUUAAUUAAAGGUAAAUGGGGAUCGAAGGCUAGUAACUCCAAAUCAGAAACUGCAUUAGAAAAAUUUAGGGGAGAAAUUGCAGCCUUAAAAACAUCAGUGGAUGAAAUCACAAGUGGAAAAGGAAAGCUGACUGAUAAAGACAAACACAGACUUUUGGAGAAAAUUCGAGUCCUGGAAGCUGAGAGGCAGAAGAAUGCUUAUCAUCUCACAGAGAAAGACAAAGAAAUACAGCGGCUCAGAGAGCAGCUGAAAGCCAAAUACAGUAGUACCGCAUUGCUUGAACAGCUGGAAGAGAAAACAAAGGAAGGCGAAAGGAGGGAGCAGCUGUUGAAAUCCUUGUCUGAAGAGACAGAUGUAUUGAAAAAACAGUUGUCUGCUACAACUGCAAGGCUUGCUGAACUUGAGAGCAAAGCCAGUACACUUCAUUUAUCACAGACUGUGGCCACAAGCUGCUUCAACUCAUCAAUGAGUAAUAUUCAUGAAAUGGAAAUACAGCUGAAAGAUGCUCUGGAGAAAAAUCAGCAGUGGCUUGUGUAUGAUCAGCAGCGGGAGGUCUACGUAAAAGGACUUUUAGCCAAGAUCUUCGAAUUGGAACAGAAAUCAGAAACAGCUGCUCAUUCACUCCCACAGCAGACAAAAAAGGCUGAAUCAGAAGGUUAUCUUCAAGAAGAAAAGCAAAAAUAUUACAACCAUCUCUUGGCAAAUGCAAAAAAAGAUCUUGAGGUUGAACGACAGACCAUAACUCAGUUGAGCUUUGAACUUAGUGAAUUUCGAAGAAAAUAUGAAGAAACCCAGAAAGAAGUCCAAGAUUUAAAUCAACUGCUGUGUUCACAAAGAAAGGCAGAUGUACAACAUCUGGAAGACGAUAGGCAUAAGACAGAGAAAAUACAAAGGCUCAAGGAAGAGAACGAUAUUGCGAGGGAAAAGCUUGAAGAAGAGAAGAAGAGAUCUGAGGAGCUCUUAUCUCAGGUCCAGUUUCUUUACACAUCUCUGUUAAAGCAUCAGGAAGAACAAACAAGGGUAGCUCUGUUGGAACAACAGAUGCACGCAUGUACUUUAGACUUCGAAAAUGAAAAACUUGACCGUCAAAAUAUGCAGCACCAACUGCACAUAAUUCUUAAAGAACUGCGAAAAGCAAGAAAUCAAAUAACACAGUUGGAAUCCUUGAAGCAGCUUCGUGAAUUUGCCUUCACAGAGCCAUUAGUCACUUUCCAAGGAGAGUCCGAAAACAGGGUAAAAGUUGCCUCACCAAAAAGUCCCACUGCUGCACUAAAUGAAAGCCUGGUGGAAUGUCCCAAGUGCAAUAUACAGUAUCCAGCCACCGAGCAUCGAGAUCUACUUGUCCACGUUGAAUACUGUUCAAAAUAGCAAUAUAAUUAUUCUUUGUUUUUUGUGGCAAAAGAUUCAAUACUGUAUCUUCUGUUAGCUUAUGGACAUUUUGAAUUACUUAUUUCACCUCUUCUAUAAGAAACUGCCUCUCUACCUUUGAGACUCUGGCAUAGGAGUGAAUCAUUGUAUUUUUUUUUUUUUUUUUUUUUUUUUUGGCUGCUUUGCAUUUUCCUUGGUAGUGAUACCUCUCUGAGAUGGUUCAUCUUCAGGCUUUAGUGACGGAAUGAGGUGAGCUGAGACAACUAACAUUUUGCACUGUUAAAGUACUUGAUAAGGACGAGAUAGUUCAGGUUAUUGCUUGUGGGCUUAAUCUGUUGCACCAGCAAGCAAAUAUUUUAUGUUUUUUGUAGGUUUUUAAAAGUCAAAGUUAAUUACCCAGGAUCUUACUUUGUUGGCUUUUUGUUUUUUUAUUCAAACUUCAUAAACCUACAAUUCCAAUUUUCAUGUCCAUUGUUAAAAGCUGGUAAUACUUUUUACAUUUUUUCCUCUCUAUAAUAAGGCGGUUAUUAGAAAAGUUGGAAUUUUUCUUGAUCCUUUUUUGCAGAGCUGUGUUCUAAUAGAAGCACAAGGCAGAUUCUGCUUAAGCAACACUCCUCAGUAGCCACACACAAUGUUUUCUUUCAUAUUAACUGGCUGUAACUUUAACUUGAAUUUCAUUAGCACAGGUUGCUCACUUAAAGUUGUUAAAAUGAAUUUUAACAAAGCCAUGUAGCCCUCUCAUUUGAUUUGCAGGUAUUUUAUUUAUUUAUUUUUGGCACUCUUAAAGUUGGGCAAUGUGAUGAACAUUUGCUUAUCUGAAUAUAUAUUUUUAUAUGUGUGUGUGUAAACCCCCAAUUUUUUUUAUUUCUUCAGGUUUUCUAAAAUGCUGAAUAUGGGCUACUGUUAGUAAUAUAAA